GCCCCGCCCCCUCGGCCCCCGGCCGCCCUCCCGCCGCCCUCCGGCCGCCAUCGCCAUGGAUGAGGACGGCCUGCCCCUCAUGGGGUCGGGCAUAGACUUGACCAAGGUCCCAGCUAUUCAGCAGAAAAGAACUGUGGCAUUUCUAAACCAGUUUGUGGUGCAUACAGUGCAGUUCCUCAACCGCUUUUCUACGGUGUGUGAAGAGAAACUCUCAGCCCUUUCGCUUCGAAUUCAACAAAUUGAAACCACACUCAAUAUUUUGGAUGCAAAGCUGUCCUCUAUUCCGGGCCUAGAAGAUGUCAAAUUUGAAAUAUCUAAUGCUAAUGUCAACACUGUCACAAACAGUACACCCCUUGAAGCUCCUUCAAAUCAACAGUCAGCAACCAUAUCGCCUCAAUCAGAGCAGAGCAGUAUACAAGACCCUGGACUACAGAAAAAUGAAGUAGCAGCUGAAAAUGCCUUAACUGUAGCCAAGGAUCCAAGAUAUGCCAGAUAUCUCAAAAUGGUUCAAGUGGGUGUUCCUGUAAUGGCAAUAAGAAACAAAAUGAUAUCAGAAGGACUGGAUCCAGAUCUUCUUGAGAAGCCAGAUGCUCUAGUGACUGAUGGGAAAAGUGAAGUGAUGGCAGAAGACAAUUCUGAUAGCGAAUCUUCUUUCAGUGACUGAGUUUGGUUCUAAAUUUCAAAAUUUUGAUACACGCCGUACAGAUAUAUGCAAAGAACUUUUUCUAUCUCUUUUGGCUUCAAACCUAAGAUGAUGUCUAUAUGAACUAUUUUGGGGGAAGCGGUAACUAAGUUUCAACUGUCGUCUCAAGUCUUCCAGGAAUAUGUAAUAGAUUUCCAGGAGUACCUAAUGGUGUGUGAACAUAAGCUGAAAGAGUUUUGCCAGCGAUUUAUCUUAAUUUUUAAAGAUAAGUUAUGUAAUGGUUAUGUAUGUCGGCGCUACAAGGCAAAUAACCACACAACUAACAGAAAUGCUCUUUAUAUUAAGAAGGUAAGAGAGUUUUGAUUUAGAGUACAAACUCAAAGCUUAUGUCUAUCUUUGACCUGUCAUCGAAUUAAAUUACUUUGUUCCUAUCUCUUAUCAGGUAACAUACUAAAAUAAAGAACCAUCGUGACAGACACUA